CGGACCACAAAAGCUUGAAUCCCACGACGCUGGAAUCUGCGUGCGCGCUCCCGCUUUCCGUCAUUCAUUUAACCCGGACGUGAAGCCGCUCCAUAGAAAAAUAUCCGAUACGAUACAACAACCUGCCUUCAAAAAAGAUCACCAUCCACAUCAGAAACAACAUUUAACUGUGAAUCAAUACCCUCCCAGCAUAGUGAGGCUGACUGAGAGAGAAGCGACAGUGAUUUGAUAGUCAUCCCUUUCUAGUCACUAAUAGGUUGUUAUACUUCCCAACCGGAUGACACACUGAGCAUCUCCUCAACGUUCUGUCAACAUCACUCACAUGUUCUCUUGGUUACGCCCAACACGAGCGUGUGCCUGGAUCCUGGCGGCGGCUGUGAAAUUCGCAUUCGUCUCUGAGUGAGUGACCUCGCUAGAGCUUUUCGUCUGGUACGACUCACGGUGGCUGGCAGAGGGUCCCUCCCCCACCCCGAUUCUCAAAACUGGCGAUGUCCAGGGUGCCGAGUCCGCCCCCUCCUGCAGAAAUGACCAGCGGCCCUGUGGCCGAAAGCUGGUGUUACACACAGAUCAAAGUGGUUAAGUUCUCCUAUAUGUGGACCAUCAACAACUUCAGCUUCUGUCGGGAGGAGAUGGGCGAGGUCAUCAAAAGCUCCACCUUCUCAUCGGGAGCCAAUGACAAACUCAAGUGGUGUUUGCGAGUGAAUCCUAAAGGUCUGGAUGAGGAGAGUAAAGACUAUCUGUCACUCUAUCUGCUCCUGGUCAGCUGUCCUAAGAGUGAGGUUCGAGCCAAGUUCAAGUUUUCCAUCCUUAAUGCCAAGGGCGAGGAAACCAAAGCCAUGGAGAGCCAGCGGGCGUACCGCUUUGUACAGGGAAAGGACUGGGGUUUCAAGAAGUUCAUAAGGCGGGACUUCCUCCUAGAUGAGGCCAAUGGGCUGUUACCUGAUGACAAAUUGACACUGUUUUGUGAGGUGAGCGUGGUGCAGGACUCCGUGAAUAUCUCGGGUCAGAACACCAUGAACAUGGUGAAGGUUCCUGACUGCAGGCUGGCAGAUGAACUGGGCGGAUUGUGGGAACAUUCCAGAUUCACCGACUGCUCUCUGUGUGUUGCUGGGCAGGAGUUCCAGGCACACAAAGCCAUACUGGCAGCACGCUCCCCUGUUUUCAGUGCUAUGUUUGAACACGAAAUGGAGGAGAGUAAAAAGAACCGAGUGGAGAUAAACGAUGUGGAAGCUGAGGUCUUCAAAGAGAUGAUGUUCUUCAUCUACACUGGCAAAGCACCCAACCUUGACAAGAUGGCCGACGACCUGCUCGCUGCUGCGGACAAAUAUGCUCUGGAGCGGCUGAAGGUAAUGUGUGAGGACGCUCUGUGCACCAGUUUGUCGGUGGAAAACGCAGCAGAGAUUCUAAUCUUGGCCGACCUACACAGCGCUGACCAGCUUAAGACGCAGGCCGUCGACUUUAUCAAUUACCAUGCCUCAGACGUGAUGGAGACCUCAGGCUGGAAAUCCAUGGUGGCGUCUCAUCCUCACCUGGUCGCUGAGGCAUACCGCUCGCUGGCCUCUGCCCAGUGCCCUUUCCUGGGCCCCCCUCGCAAACGUCUCAAACAGUCAUAGUGCAGUCCACUGGCGUUACCCUACACACACGUACACACGCACUCACACAACUGUCUACAAGGGGGCACUAUUUUAGAUUUACACCCCUCAAGCUCCGACCCUUUAGAUGCCUAAACCAGCUGUUGAUCUGCCCCUCCCUUCAUGUUAUCUAGACAGACCCCCUCUAGAGCACCAGAUACCCCCUAAUUGCCGCCCCACUGAUGGCUUGGGGAAGUGAGGAUGGUGUUGCUGGGUGAACCUUUUCUAAAACCUCAGCGCCAACCCAGCUGUCUGUUUAGGAGAGAAAUGGAUUGUUUAUUUGGGUGUAGAAUGGACCUGAUGUCAUGAGAAUGGGUGGCCGAAUCGAGGUUGAGAAACAGGACCAAAGCCUUUGGUUUGGACAUAUAAGAUGGAUAGUGAAAAGCAAAGUUUAAAGUCCACUCACUGGGGCUACCGUGUGAUGUCCUCCUUCACUGUGUGAACUGGUUCUUCAUAUCUGCUUUAUCCGUUCUUCAAAGGUUAUCAGCCGAUAGACGUUCCUCUUAACAUGCAGAGACAGAGAGAUUUUAACCGACUGGUGACGGGAAUAGAGGACAAAUUCGGUUACAAAUGAACUUUUUAAUGGGUAGCAUGUGUCCUCAAUGACAUCAGCAUUUAGUAGAUUCCUGUGUGACUUUACGAAUCCCUCGUGACGACAGCUUCUUCCAGAACUAUCCUCUGAAUUCUUAAGAAAACUGAAUGGAGAGCUUGCCACAAUAAUGAACUUUGACCCAUGACCCUGGAGCUAUCCUGGCUUAUGAGUGGACAUGAAGUUAAGUUGGCUUUUACAGGUCAAAAAAAGUGGACACAAAUCCAGCGAGGAAAAUGUGGAAAUGCUCAUGGAUCUUUUUUAUUUUAAUUUUUCCUUGUGACGUUUAUUUGAGAUUUUCUCCUCCUUGUAGCACUUGUGUAUUUGAAUCCAGGCUUUCUGUAUGAAAAAAAUGCAACAAAAAAACGAACUUGGCUGUGUUUAUUUUUUUGUUCUUUAACAAACGCAACAUAAUGUUCAUUUCUCAAUGGAUAUCCAGCUUCAUGCUGAUUCAAUUUCUUUAUAUUUGGUCUCAGUCACGGAUAACACAAAUCAGCAGCUCUUGCUAAAACAGAGAAUAAGGGUUUUUCUUAUUUGAAAUAAAAGCCUGUCUAUCUGAUAGCAUAGAGGAGACUCUUCGUUCUCGUAAAAUCUAAUUUAAGGAUUUUGCACUGUCCUUGGAGUUAAUUUAGAUUUGUGUUAUGUAGAAUGUAGCAAAUCGCACAUAAUACCAGGUGAGGAACUGAAAGGAUUUAGGAUUGUCAGAGACAACAAGGUGUUUGUUGGAUACAUGCAGAGAGAAAUUAAAACAAUCUUAUAACAAGUUAAACAUAUUACAGGGCACAAUAUAGAACUGAAAACUUAUAUUUUUCAGCUCUUGAAUGAUUUGGUUAUUCAUUUCUUGAUAUUUAUAGCAGGCAGCAUCUUGCCAUCAGAGGGCCAAACAGUGAUUGUAAGUAUAUUCAACAUCUUUAAUGCAAGAGAUAAAAUACAACAAUAAUCCAGUUAAAAAUAACCGCAAGAUAUUUUUCACCAAUUAUAUUAAAUUGUAUUUUUUACAGUUUCAGAGAAUUUCCAUUGAAGCAUUUGCACACACAAUGUGUUUUUAUAGAGGAAUGACACUAGCAAACUGCAUAAUAAAAUCGUUACAUUUAAUAUCAUCAGCUCACAAUUUAGAUUUGUAACU